CGCCAUGAUUAGUCUUGUCAUACACUUGGAUAACAACUGUUUGUGUACAAUUUCGAAUGGAUUAUUAAUCAUAACCAUGGCAGUUACGGCAUAUUUCGGAGAGAAAUUACUCUGCCCACUGAUGUCUUAUCAGUGGUGAAUGCAGACGGCAACUGGAGAAAAGGACGGGAAAGUUUACUCCAUCUCCUCGUGUCAUAACAACAGUGAACGGCAACUGGAGGAAAGGAAAAAGAAGACAAUGUCGGACAACAAUCAAACAGCUCAUGGUCAUCUGUCUAUUAUCGAAGCAGAUAAUGUGCCAAGUAUUCCGUAUAAUCGUCAGGAAGAGACUAUGGGAGGGCGACACGCAUUUGUAACGUCAUUAACGGAAUUCGAACGACCUACAGAAAGGCACGUAGUCUCUUUUGAUACGGAAAACAGUUUAGCCUCAAAUGGACUAUUGGUGAAUGAAAACGGUAAUGCAUAUCAGCCGGAUAUUCGAGAGGGUCAUGCCGAGCUGGAGAGUAGUCCGUUUGGAUCCCCAAUUAGUUCAAAAUUCGAAGCUCUUGCUAUAAGUACGUCGGCAAAUGAGUACCGACGGGAAAGACAUGCAGAUGCAGUUGCUUAUCCACCAAACAGUCGCGAUUACAACGAGACUUUUAAUAGGAACGCGCCAGCUACAAGUUUUACUGGCGUAGAACAAAGUCGACUCUUGCAGCCGAAGAGGAAACAUUGUCCAAGUCAGGACCAAAAUCUGGAGGUAUCAGGCGGCGCAACCGGCGAGUACAAUAGUCAACCGCGAAACAGAUUUCAAGUCAAUAUAAAACACCCAAAGUAUAAAGCGUAUAAAAAGCGGCUGAAAUCUUUCGAAGGCCAUGCCAGGAGCUGGCCACACCAGAAACCUACUUCCGCGGAAAUGGCACAAGCCAACUUCAUUUUCAGAGGUUCUGAUCGUUACCAUGAUGCCGUCGAGUGCUUUUUAUGCGGAAAAACGUUCCGACAAAUUCAAGAAACUGAUGUCCUUGACAAACUCUGCGAUUGUAAUUUGGAACUGAAUCGAGCUGUGUGAAGCUGCGUUGAGGGCGAACAAACAAAAACUAGGAACAAUAAUUGAACAAAAAUAGUUUAAAAACCUUUAGCACUGUAAACAGUAAAAGGUUUUGCGUUCGAAUAAAUAUACUUUGUAUUGUUAAAUCUUCUUAAGAAUAGUAACAAAAUCGUAUCAUUUUAUAUCAACAAUUCAUUUCAACACCUGGAGCCGUUUCAUAAAGUACCAUAGGGGACGAAUCUGUAACUAAGAUAUUUUCAACAGUGUAAAGUAACUAUACAAUGUAAUUUUAUAUCCACAAAACGUUCCAAGCGAUGCAGUGUUUUAAACCCAUUUAUAUUAAAUAACAUGUAGGCUGAUGUCAAUGACUGAGGGAUAUAUUCAGGAUAAAGAUAUCGUUUGCGGACAUCCUUAUGGAUUUAAACUGUGUGUGCCUCAGUAAAGUAACUUUGAAUGAUAUAUUGCGAGCAAAAUCUGGUCUGAUAGAAUUUGAUAUGAGAAUGUACCUAUGUUUUGCAUUUGGGGCGGGUUGAAGUCUAAGGCCAGAGCCACUGUUGAUUAUAUGAAAAAAGAUGUCAGCUGAAUAAUUUGAGGAAUAAAGGAUCUUUAGUUAUGAAUCUUAUAUAGAAAUAUCACUUUUGUAUGAAAUUGUUUUGGCUGCAAAAAUGUAAGCAUAGUUUUGUCGCAUUGUUGCGAUUUUAUCUUACCCUUUGUAAUUAAAAGAGCGCUUACCCUAAAGCAGCUCUGCUUAACUAAUAUCGUAUAUUGCAAAUGUUUCAAAAUUGAUAGAAACAAUCGAGUUCUAUUUUUCUUUCGCCUUGUUGCUCAUGUUGUGGAUGAUGUGUUCAAAAAAUAAUGUCUUCAAAAGCCAUGUCAUUUGGAUUAAAAUUAGACAUGUCUCAUUAUUAUGUCUUUUUAGAAAAAAAUAAGAAUUAAUUAUGGAAGUAAGUAUUGUAUCUUAAUGAAUUAAUUAUGAAAGGAGGUAUUGUAUUCAUGAUGUUUGAGCAUCAUAAGUCAAAAUCGGCCGUUACGCAAGGAUACAGAUUUUGACUUGCUUUUGAUAUAUUUCUAAUAAGUUUAUAAUGAAUUGUUUUCGAGUGCCCUUCCAUGAUGGUUGUAUACAUUCAUUGAAAGCCCAAAUUAAUAUACUAACUUGACGAAAAACAAUCGUACUGCUACACUUCAUGUGCAUUCCUUAGUAUGAUUUUGAACAUUACUGUUAGGUAUGACAGUAUUUAAUGGACAUACUUUUUUCUAUUUUAGUAUUGGAUUUUUAAGACGCUGAAAUAAUAUUUUGGUAUACUUUGCUUUUUAGAAUAAAUCAUAGUUACUAUGUACAAGAAAAUGUAUUUCAUGUUAAAUUUAACACAUGUUUUGUAGUAAAUAGUUAUUAUUCAUGUGAGCUACAUAUGAUUAAAUUAUAAUUAAGUCUUUGGUUUGGAAACAAUUUUUUUGUGUGUGAUUCGAACGUGUUAUUUAGUUAAUAUUGAAUUAUGUACGAGUGCACUUCCAUGAAGUAUUUGGCAAAUGAACUAAUUUCAAUUUGAUGGUUGUAUGCAUUCAUUGAACGCUCAAAAUAAUAUAGAUUCAAAAAUAGAAAAAUAAAAGAAAACAAAUGUGACGUUGUCAGCGAAAAAAGGCCAUGAGGAGAAAAAAGUGACGUUUUUAUUUUGCGAAGUUUUCAUGCCUCAUAAGCAGGCAAAAUAAUGGCUACUUUUACAAUUUUUCUAAAAGGUUCUUCAUUUAAUAUUUUUAUAACUAAACUUCUAUUCUUUUAUUCUGUAAUUCUAUCUCUUGGUUAAAGUUUUUGUAUUAAAGUCAAUAACACAAAGUUCAUAUUGCGAGAUAUCAUGCCUCAUAAGCAUCAUAGCUUCUUUUUCAUGUUUCGAAAAGGUAUUAUAAUUUAAUUUCAUGCAUAAUAAUACGCUUGGUAUGUUAUCAUAUCUCUUGAUUAGAAUUUUCUUUUUGAUAAAUAAUACUAACAUGUUUGUCUCAUUAUUUUUCAUCUUCGCAGAAUAUGUAACAUAUGCUAAUGACAUGUGCUGUGAUUAUUCAAUGAAUCUGUUUAACUCGUUGAGCCAUAUAAGAUGACUUUUUUAUGAACCAUUUUGGUGUUUUACUAAGUUGCCAACAUAUAAUAUUACUUCUACACUUCAUUUACAUACCUUAGUACGAUUUAGAACAUGACUAUGAGGUAUGACAGUAUUUAAUGAGCAUUUUUUUUCUAUUUUAGUAUUGAAUUUCUUAGGCGCUGAAAUAUAUUCUGCAUACUUUGAUUUUUAGAAAAUAUCUUUUUAAAUAUGUACAAUAUAAUGUACUUGAUGUUAAAUUUAACAGACAUUUUGUAGAUAAAUUAUUUUUGUGGGUAACAUGUGAUGAAAUUAUAACUAAGUCUUUGAUUAGGAAAUGAUUUUUGUUUUUGUAGUUUGAACGUGUUAUUUAGUUCAUAGUGAAUUAUGUACGGAUGUUCUUCCAUGAAGUAUUUGUCAAAUAUACUUAUGUCAAUUUGAUGGCUGUAUGCAUUCAUUGAACGAUCAAAAUAAUUUAGAUUCAAAAAUAGAAGAUUAAACGGAGAGUAAGUUUGUAUUUUGCGAGGUUAUUAUGCCCCGCAAGCAGGCAAUAAUGGCUUUUUUUUUACAUAUUUUUGUAAAGUUCUUAAUUUAAUUUUAUGCAUAACUUAACUUUUGUUCUGUAAUUCUAUCUCUUGGUUUAGGUGUGGGUUUUUUAACUUCAAUAACACAAAUUUCAUUUUUCGAGAUUUCAUGCCUCAUUAGCAGUCAAGCAUAGCUAUUCUUAUAUGUUAUCAAAACUGUUACUGUAUUUAAUAUUAUGCAUAAUUAUACGUUUGUUAUGUUAUCAUAUCUCUUGCUUAAAAUUUGCUUUUCGUUUAAUAAUACUUACAUCAAUGUCUCACCAAUACUCACCUUAGCAGAUUAUGUCACAUAUGAUAAUGUGUUCUGAUAAAUCAAUGGAUCUGUUAAACUCGUUGUGCCAUAUUAGAGGACAUUUUUACAUAAUCAGUUUUUGUUCUUUUACUAAGUUGUCAACAUACAUUAUUACUUCUAUACUUUAAGUAUAUACCUUAGUGUGAUUUUGAACAUGACUGUAAGGUAUGAUUUUUUUCGUUUUAUUUUAGUAUUGAACUUCUUAGACGCUGAUUUUUUUUGUAUACUUUGCUUCUAAGAAAAUACCAUUGUUACUAUGUACAAGAGAAUGUAUCUGAUGGCUAAUGUAACAGAUAUUUUGUGAUUAAUAUGUAAUAUUCAUGUGAGUAACAUGUGAUGAAGUUUUAAUUCUAUCAUUGGUUUGGUUAUUGUACAGGUUUUGUUACUCAUAAUUAAGUCACACCUCAUUGUUGAAUUUUGAAGAGAAAUAAAAGAAAAAAAUGAA